AAUAAUGAGAGGGAUAGAACUUGGAGGAUCGAAUAAGGUGUCAAAGUCUGCAAGUAAAGACAGGCAAUGAAAUGAACAAAACAAAGGAAUAGAAGAUGCUAGAUUAAAAGAUUAUAUCUCCUAACCACUGUGUCCGGGCAAAAUCUUUGGAACUCAGGGUUGGUACCUCAGCAGUUAAAGCUACAUAACCUUGAGAUUGUUUGGACUAUGUCUUUCUUCCCUCUCUCCCUUUCAUAGCCUUAAAUGCCCAUUCUUCCUUCUGUUUCUCGUCUUGUUCAGUCCCCGACUGACAGAUAUGCGGCAACCCUCCAGUCGAAUACUGCUCAAAUGGCCACAGUUAGGACCACGGCAUCCAAGCCAGCGAGGCAACUUGGAGAAAUCCUCAAAGAACAGCAAGAACCUUUCAUCUUAGAGGUUUACCUUUCAGAAAGAGGGUGUAUCAGAAAGAAGUUAACUUCAGGAGCUAAUUUCAUCUGUUGCCAUGGCACUUCAGGCAAGUUUCUAAAGAGGUCUGGUAGCCAGAACAAGAUCAAGAAGGGUAUUCCGUACUCCCCCAUGGUACUUAAAGUUGUAUGUAACAAGUUCUUUACAAUUAAAGGCUUAAGAACAAAGAGUUCCGUUGAUGAAGAUGGAAAGCCUAGUGUCACUGAGAUGGACGGAAAUAGCCAAGAAAUUGCAGAGCUAGAUAGAUUUUCCUCCUCUAGCAGCACAACAGUGUAUAAUUCAUGUUCAGAUAGCGACAUUUAUGAACCAUCCAUGUUUGCUGACAAUUCCAAGUCAAAUUUGAAACUCUACGAUCAAAGGGAAAAGAAGGCUGCUGCAGAGGCAAAGUUUCAAUGGAGUUGUAUGGAAGACAGUAAACAACACAGCCCUCAGUCAGUGUUAGAAGAAACAUCUACUUCAACAGGCUCCCCACUCGAUAACACAAGGAGGGCUUCCAGCACAAGGCAGAAAAGCUUCUUCUUGCCUAAGAUAAUAACGGAAGACUCAAUAUUGUCAGCUUCGCUCUGGAAUUUACUUCUUCAAACCUCACCAGAGAAAUCAAGUUAUGCAGGAUUACGAGGGCCUGACUGGUCUAAUUCUUCCCCGUUGUCAAUAUCGAAAAGGGUUUUGCAGCAAACAAAGCAGCUUCUCUUUGAUUGUUUUAGGGAGUUGGUAGAUAAUAAGCAUGUCAAAGAAGAAAAAGGAAAAGGAUUUUUAGGGUCUGAGGAGAUUGGAAAAGUCAUUGGUGAGAAAAUAAAGAGAUGGGGAAAAAGAUGUGGAGAUGAAUCCAACAUGGCCAAGUUGUUGGAAUCAGAUAUAAUGGAUUCAAUCCAGGAAUGGAAUGAAUCUGAAUCCCAGAAGAAGCGUAUCGUGCUAGAAAUUGGAAACGCCAUCGCAGAGCAGAUUACAAAUGAAGUUGUAAUGGACAUGAUUAAUGUCCUAUAGCUGAGAUGUAAUUUGCUUGUUUGAAAUUUCAAUUGUUAUUUCACUCACAUUGAUUUCUGUCGGCUGUUCCUGUCCUGUCUUGUUUAGAUUUAUUUCAUGGUAUUAAAUUAGUGAUGUACCAACAGGGUAGAAAAAUUGAUCCACAACAUCCUUUUUCUCCAAUAGAAAAUGGAAAGAAAGAUUUGGUCUCUUGGCUUUAUCUGGAACUCACCCAAAAUUUGUUUAAAAGAAUGGAAUGCCUUACAAUACAUAAUGAUCCAUUGACAUUGACGUCCUAACAGACCAUAAAGAAACCCUUUAAAUGAUUUUCUUAAACCUAAUUGC